UCAAAAUACCUGCGAAAACAAAUCUAAAUUCUUUAAUGAUCUCUUCACGAUUGGUUUGGAAAACAUCUUACCCGAAAAAUCGAUAAAGAUUUAUCCCACAGACACCCCGUGGAUGUCUGUAACGUUGAAGAAGUUAAUACACCAGCGCCAGAUCGCCUUCCACAAGAACAAAAACAGUUUAUCAUAUAAGUUCUAUCGUAAUGCAGUAAAUAAGGAAAGGAAAAGAUGUAAAGCAGCGUAUUACGCCUCUAAG